UGCGGUUGCCUGUCUGUCUGUCAGAGAAACGCGGCUUUUUCUAGUUUUCUAUCUCAUAAAACUACACGAAGCCUAUUUCGUAUCUAUACAUCCAGACUGAAUAACUAAUAUAUUUCGCAGUCCUCAGUGAAGCGAGAAAUCGCCGAGAGGUUGAACUUAAAGUCGACACUCGGUAAUAGGACAAGCGUCAUGGCUGAAACUGAAGCAGCCGUAAAUCCAAAAGCGUACCCAUUGGCAGAUGCGCCUCUGACUGCUAAAAUUCUGAAUUUAGUGCAGCAAGCUUCCAACUAUAAACAGUUACGCAAAGGUGCCAAUGAAGCUACAAAGACCUUGAAUCGAGGUCUUUCCGAGUUCAUAAUCAUGGCAGCUGACACAGAACCAUUGGAAAUAGUUUUACACAUUCCAAUACUUUGCGAGGACAAAAAUGUGCCAUAUGUGUUUGUCAGAUCUAAGCAAGCAUUAGGCAGAGCAUGUGGUGUUUCUCGGCCAAUUAUUGCUUGUUCUAUUACAAUCAAUGAGGGCUCUCAACUUAAACCCCAGAUAGAAAGCAUUCAACAAGAAAUCGAAAGACUAUUAGUAUAAGUAUAGUUUUUAUUUUUAAAAUGUACUGUGG